AUGCCUUUUAGUGUGCCGUGCUUUUCUGUUUUUACUGGACAGUACCAGAUGGAUGCACUAGAGUAUGCCUUACUGUCAAUAGGUAUAAAUGUUGGGCAUGGGGAGGGAAGUGAUAGUUCACUGGGCUAUGGGGAGGGAGGCCAUAGUUCACUGGGUUAUCGGGAGGGAGACCAUAGUUCACUGGGCUAUGGGGAGGGAGGCCAUAGUUCACUGGGUUAUCGGGAGGGAGACCAUAGUUCACUGGGCUAUGGGGAGGGAGGCCAUAGUUCACUGCGUUAUCGGGAGGGAGACCAUAGUUCACUGGGUUAUGGGGAGGGAGACCAUAGUUCACUGGGUUAUGGGGAAGGAGACCAUAGUUCACUGGGUUAUGGGGAGGGAGACCAUAGUUCACUGGGUUAUGAGGAGGAAGGCCAUAGUUCACUGGGCUAUGGGGAGGAAGGCCAUAGUUCACUGGGCUAUGGGGAGGAAGGCCAUAGUUCACUGGGCUAUGGGGAGGAAGGCCAUAGUUCACUGGGCUAUGGGGAGGAAGGCCAUAGUUCACUGGGCUAUGGGGAGGAAGGCCAUAGUUCACUGGGCUAUGGGGAGGAAGGCCAUAGUUCACUGGGCUAUGGGGAGGAAGGCCAUAGUUCACUGGGCUAUGGGGAGGAAGGCCAUAGUUCACUGGGCUAUGGGGAGGAAGGCCAUAGUUCACUGGGCUAUGGGGAGGAAGGCCAUAGUUCACUGGGCUAUGGGGAGGAAGGCCAUAGUUCACUGGGCUAUGGGGAGGAAGGCCAUAGUUCACUGGGCUAUGGGGAGGAAGGCCAUAGUUCACUGGGCUAUGGGGAGGAAGGCCAUAGUUCACUGGGCUAUGGGGAGGAAGGCCAUAGUUCACUGGGCUAUGGGGAGGAAGGCCAUAGUUCACUGGGCUAUGGGGAGGAAGGCCAUAGUUCACUGGGCUAUGGGGAGGAAGGCCAUAGUUCACUGGGCUAUGGGGAGGAAGGCCAUAGUUCACUGGGCUAUGGGGAGGAAGGCCAUAGUUCACUGGGCUAUGGGGAGGAAGGCCAUAGUUCACUGGGCUAUGGGGAGGAAGGCCAUAGUUCACUGGGCUAUGGGGAGGAAGGCCAUAGUUCACUGGGCUAUGGGGAGGAAGGCCAUAGUUCACUGGGCUAUGGGGAGGAAGGCCAUAGUUCACUGGGCUAUGGGGAGGAAGGCCAUAGUUCACUGGGCUAUGGGGAGGAAGGCCAUAGUUCACUGGGCUAUGGGGAGGAAGGCCAUAGUUCACUGGGCUAUGGGGAGGAAGGCCAUAGUUCACUGGGCUAUGGGGAGGAAGGCCAUAGUUCACUGGGCUAUGGGGAGGAAGGCCAUAGUUCACUGGGCUAUGGGGAGGAAGGCCAUAGUUCACUGGGCUAUGGGGAGGAAGGCCAUAGUUCACUGGGCUAUGGGGAGGAAGGCCAUAGUUCACUGGGCUAUGGGGAGGAAGGCCAUAGUUCACUGGGCUAUGGGGAGGAAGACCAUAGUUCACUGGGCUAUGGGGAGGGAGGCCAUAGUUCACUGGGCUAUGGGGAGGAAGGCCAUAGUUCACUGGGCUAUGGGGAGGAAGGCCAUAGUUCACUGGGCUAUGGGGAGGAAGGCCAUAGUUCACUGGGCUAUGGGGAGGAAGGCCAUAGUUCACUGGGCUAUGGGGAGGAAGGCCAUAGUUCACUGGGCUAUGGGGAGGAAGGCCAUAGUUCACUGGGCUAUGGGGAGGAAGGCCAUAGUUCACUGGGCUAUGGGGAGGAAGGCCAUAGUUCACUGGGCUAUGGGGAGGAAGGCCAUAGUUCACUGGGCUAUGGGGAGGAAGGCCAUAGUUCACUGGGCUAUGGGGAGGAAGGCCAUAGUUCACUGGGCUAUGGGGAGGAAGGCCAUAGUUCACUGGGCUAUGGGGAGGAAGGCCAUAGUUCACUGGGCUAUGGGGAGGAAGGCCAUAGUUCACUGGGCUAUGGGGAGGGAGGCCAUAGUUCACUGGGUUAUGGGGAGGAAGGCCAUAGUUCACUGGGCUAUGGGGAGGAAGGCCAUAGUUCACUGGGCUAUGGGGAGGAAGGCCAUAGUUCACUGGGCUAUGGGGAGGAAGGCCAUAGUUCACUGGGCUAUGGGGAGGAAGGCCAUAGUUCACUGGGCUAUGGGGAGGAAGGCCAUAGUUCACUGGGCUAUGGGGGGAGACCAUAG